ACAUCAUUCUGGGGCGCCAACCAAGCAGACAAGACUUCUACCUGGACUCUAAGCUGCACCCAAACCUGAUAUCACGGAGACAUGCUAUGAUAGACAGGGUGCAAAACAAUUUCUACCUUACUGACAGCAGCCUGAAUGGGACCUAUGUCAAUGAUAUUAGGAUAGAAGGUUGCUGUAAGCUGAACUUGGGAGACGUUAUAGCAUUUGGCCAUUUGAUGGCAGCACAGAUCAAACCAGGCCAAUAUGAGCCACAGGAAAACUCAGAGUUCAUCUAUAAGUUUGAGAUUAUGCCAAAAGAGGGAGGCACUGAGGGAACAAAUAAUGUAACUAGGGAUGAUUCAGUACAUGAAGAUGACAAUGAGAGGACGGUGCUUUCUGACAUGGACCCCAAUACUCUUCCUAAAGACAAUAGUCGCAGAUGCUUUUCUGAAACUGCUGCAAAUAGAGUGAGAGAAUCCUUGCAGCUCACUGACAGUGUCAAUACUAUAUACACAGUUUGUGAAAAUAAAAUGGGCCUGAAUCAUCUCGAUAAAGACACAAAAAGGGAAAUGACACCAGAAAUAGAACAAGACCUCUUAGAAUACCAACAGUUCAACAUAUAUGAUCAUCGUAGUGACAGUACAAAUAUAUGUAAAGCUGGGCAGUCAAUUACUUCCGAAGAAUUAUCCAAGCUUGGUAGCACUGUGGUGAUACACAAAGACUUGAAAAAUGAUAAAAUGCUAUGUCAGGGACAAGACAAGUCAAAAGAUGAUAAGGAGUCUAGCAUACCUAAUAUGGGACACAAAACUGACAGUCAAGAUUUAGUCCUGGAGCACCUAUCACCACAGGAUUUCCAUCUGUCUGUGAAUGACAAUCAAAUCAGUAGAAGUGACCACAGCUCUAAUGAGGCUAAAACUGACCAGCAGAUCCUGACCAGUAGAGAUCAAAUGAUGUUUUUCAUGAAUGGGAUCAGUGCCACCAAAACUGGGGACCGAGAUCGACCUGACCCAGAUUUGACAGGUCAUGGUGAAAGUCUGGACCUAAAAGAACACCCUGCUGACCUUGAGGGUCAAGGUCACAGUACAGAUGAGGACAACACUGUGUUUCUGGAAGCAGUGAGAAGAGCGCAGAGCUUCGAUGCCUGCAGUAUGGAGGAUAUCUUUGCUGAAUCGCAGGACGAUGGUGAUGAUGUCGCAAUCCACAUCGAUUCAAGUGACAGUACCCAUCAACUUGACAAUGCUGUUAGUCACAGUAUCAUAACUGGUGACAGUAAACAUUUAGGUGACAAUGCUGUCAUUGACAGUAGCAAUACUGGUGACAUUAACCAUCAGCAUGACAAUGCAGAAAGUCAUGUGGUCAGCCAUGAUGAUGAUGAUGAUGUUGAUGAUAAUGGUAUUGUACAUGUCAAGGAAAUGUCCAGCAAACGAUAUGGAAAGAGAGGGAGAAAACUUGGAAACAGGGGAAAACAUACGGCUGGUAGCAGGAAAAGGAAGAAGUCUGAAGAUUGGUACUGGCACUAUGAUGAAGACACCUGUGCUUCUUAUGACUGUGUGAAACCCACGGGGAGUAAAGUAGACUGGGUGCAGUGUGAUGACUGUGAUAAGUGGUACCACACCCUGUGUGCAGGCUGUUCUAUAGACCAAGUCAGAGACUCCAGUGCUGAGUUCCAUUGUGGAUGCCUAUGAUCUCCCCCCAUAUUACACGCAUUUUACCUGAAUGUGUUUAGCAAUAUGAUGUGUUUAGCAGCUAAACUUGUAGGGCGUCUUUUCUGGAUAUGAUUCAUCAGUUUUUUUUUU